GCCCCGUGCAGGAUUCUGCCUGAGUGGAUAAUUUUAUAACUUGAUCGGCGUCCGCUGUAAGACCGUCCGUCCGUAUGUCUUGACUCGGCCAAAAACUUCAGCCAUAUCUUUCCACACGAUGGCUUAUCUGCCCCUGCGGACCCUCGUUGGUCUCGUUGCAGCCAUCUCUCUCUGCAUACCAGCAUUAUCGCUGGAAGUGUUAGACUCCUCAAAAUGUCGCGCAGUAUGCGGCGAUAGGAAAAACACUCUCACAAGCGACCUCGUCUGCCAGGAUUCCUUAUUUAACACGUCUGCAAAUGGCCUCACAAUGAAAAGCUGCCUGCUUUGCGAAAGCACCGGCACGACAUAUGUAAACAAUCGGUCGAGCGAUAUCUGGACUUUCCUCUUCAUCCAAAAAUACACCCUCCAAACCUGCCUCUACGACCGCACAUCCGAAACCUCCAUCUCCGGCUGUGAAGACGAGUGUCUCCCGCUGCGCUCCAAGUUCACAGACCUCUGGUACAAACCCAAUUACACAGAGACGCUCUACGAAUAUUGCGACGACGUGUUCACACAAUACGCCAGUGGCUGCGCCACCUGUCUACGGUCUAAAUCCGGGUCCGUGAUUCUGGGCAAUUUCAUGGAUACCAUGGAUUCGGCGUGCGAGCUGAAACCAAAUGCCUCCGCGGGGGAGAUCGUUACGCUUCGCCGGCCACUCUUCGAUAUGUCGACUGCUACGUCUAAUACUAGUGCGACGAGUAGUGCGUCGGCAUCGGCGUCGGCGACAGGGAGUAAUGGGGGUAAUCGCGACACCAGUUCCUCGGGGUUGUCGACGGGGGCUAAGGCUGGUAUUGGAGUUGGUGUGGGCGUGGGUGGGUUGAUGGUUUUGGGUGCGGCGGCCUGGUUGCUGCUUGCGAAGAGACGAAGGGCUGCACAGGGAGGGGCCCAUCAGUAUGAGCCGCCGUUGGAGCAGGGGCCUGCGUCGGAGGUUUCGUACGGUGCUGGCACACCUGUUGUCGAACAGGUUGUCAAGCCCCCUGGGGAAUUGGCCGCUGCGGAACCGGCGAAGGCUGAGUUGGAUGGUGGAAAUGGAGGGGUUAGGAGAGGAGAUAAUGCAGUGGAGCUUCCUUGAUGAAUAUAUGGGCGUGGUAUAUGGAUUGUACCGUUUAAUGAUUAUCGACUACAUAAUUGCGCUUCGGUGCAUGAGUACAUCCUAUAGACGUGAGUAAAGUGAGAUUGAAACUUUCUUCUGUCAUGACAAGGUGUUUC